AUUUUAGCAGGUCAAAAUCAAACAAAACAAGUUAGGAGUCAAGAGCUUGCUGCAAUACUUCAUAUUUGAAAACCAUCAAGCGUUUUAUAGGUUCAUGGCUGCCUACCCUUCUGAGCCAAACCCUUUACUACUGCUGCUAGUGAUCUCUCUUUUGGUUGGUUCUGAUUUGGUGUUGGUUGACGCUGGUACCUUUUACCAAGAUGUUGAUAUCAUAUGGGGAGACGGACGAGCUAAAAUACUCAACAAUGGCAAUCUUCUAACACUUUCCCUUGACAGAGCAUCUGGCUCAGGUUUCCAAUCCAAGAAUGAGUAUCUCUUUGGCAAGUUUGAUAUCCAACUCAAGCUUGUCCCUGGCAACUCUGCUGGCACUGUUACUACCUUCUACCAGCUACACUCACAAGGGUCAGCAUGGGAUGAGAUUGACUUUGAGUUUUUGGGCAAUUUGAGUGGUGAUCCGUACUUAGUCCAUACUAAUGUGUACACUCAAGGAAAAGGUGACAGAGAGCAACAAUUCUACCUCUGGUUUGAUCCAACAGCUGAUUUUCAUACCUAUUCAGUCCUCUGGAAUCCAAGACAUAUUGUGUUAGUACAUAUUAAUCUAUAUGCAACAUUUCACAAAGCUUCUUCUUCUUCUUCCCUUUUUCAAGUACUCGAAAUAUUUAUUAACUUCUGUUUCUGUCCAUCUAGAUUCUAUGUUGAUGGGAGACCAAUAAGGGAAUUCAAAAACAUGGAAUCAAUCGGAGUCCCAUACCCCAAAAGGCAAUCAAUGAGGAUGUAUGCAAGCAUAUGGAAUGCAGAUGACUGGGCUACAAGAGGGGGUCUUGUGAAGACAGACUGGACUCAAGCUCCCUUUACUGUUUCAUACAGAAACUUCAAUGCCCAUGCUUGUAUUGGGUCUAAUGGAGUCUCGUCCUGCAAUAACUCAUCUAAUAACCGGUGGUACUCUCAAGAGCUGGAUUCUACAAGUCAAAAACAGCUGAAAUGGGUGCAGGAGAAUUAUAUGGUUUACAAUUACUGCGCAGACACUAAGCGAUUCCCUCAGGGCCUCCCUCUUGAAUGCAAUUCCACCAAGAAGUAGGAGGAGUACAGCUUGCCCGCAUAUAGAGUUGUUCUUCCAUGUAAUUUCCAGAUUUCCUGAUUAGACAAUAUUCUUUACAGGACAGGGUGUGAUGUAUAUAAAUAAAAUAUAUAUAGUUGAUGGUCUCAUGUUCGAAUCUUUGAUUGCUUGUAUGAUA